AGAAGCGCAGGACUACUACAUUGAUCUAAAAAGAAUCCGACAAGAUGGGAUUUAGCAAACUGACAUGGAUGCGUGAACCGAGGUUAUUCUCCUUAUGCUAGAGGCCAUAUCCCAUAAAUUCUCCGAUUUGCACAGAGCCCAUCGAUUUGCAAGAGUUUCCUGCAGGAUCUAAUCAGGCUCGUAUUGGGCCGGUAGUUAGCCACAUGAACACUCUUCAUCAAUUCCUUCUCAAGAGAAUGUGGUGCAUCAACCAUCGCUAUCCAGAAAUCUUGGAGUCAAUACUUUAUACCCCAACCUUUCCAAUUCUUCCCCAACUUCUUUAUCCGGCAGGAUCGGCACGCGGUCGUGGAUUUUCCACCUAUUGUUCCUCACGAGCUUUUUGUCUCUUUUUUUCGGUCUUUUGUCCGAACUCUUUUUGCAUUACCCAAUCGUGUCGUAACAGAACAGCUUCGCCUAGUAUACGAUCGCACGGCCUUACUCCGAGCGGUCUUAGAAGGUGUGCAAACCCCCACGUUUAUAGUGCGACCUCGGGCUUACUUCGAGACUCGAUGGAUCAACGGGUCAGUUCCCCGCAUAUUGUUAAGCCCCAGAUGGAGCUCCCAUCAGCCGUGGUGGGUCUGCGUGGGGAUAGAGAACCUACCCCAGCCAGUCCAUAACGACGAAACUGGAGUUGUUCGUUUCGUUGCGGAUACAACUGGAUUUGAGGGUAGAUUAAGCUUCGUCGUCGGUGACCAUGCUUGAUGACCUGACAUCAGGCUUGGGUCUCCAUAAAAA